AUGAUGAUGAUUUCAAGACGACCUCUACUUGGUGGUCUGAAAAGGUUGCCGACGGCGUUCAGCGCUCGUCUUCAAUCAACAGCCCCGGGCACCGAAGCGGCUGCAAAGAAGGCCAAAGAGAAAGCAGAGGACAUUGCCAAAUGGGAGGCUCAGAGAGAGCAGUAUAAUCCUAAGAAGGAUCCUCUCAACACAAAGUUUGGUAAAUGGUUUCAAUUUGGAUUGAUUUUCACGAUCGGUGCCACUGUCGGUUCUGGCUACAUCAGCUACAAAGUUGGAGAAAACCCACCUUCGUUCUUGUUCCCUUCAAGUUCAACCACCAAACUCGAGGAAUUAGUGCCCGCAAAGUAUGGAUCUGUUGAUUCCAAAGUUCUUGCUGAGCUCGAAUUGUUGCUUGGUUCCGACCAGAUUUCCCAGAAACAGCAACAGUUAGAUGAGCACAGCGACACCUAUUGGAAUUCUCACCAUGCCGAAGCAGAGCAAAGACCUAUUUGCGUGGUAUAUCCUCAGACUACAGAACAGGUGUCUGGCAUUAUGAAGAUAUGCCAUUCGCACCGUAUUCCGGUGGUUCCGUUCUCUGGAGGUACCUCUCUUGAAGGCCAUUUCAUUCCUACUAGAGGAGGUAUAUGUAUUGAUCUUUCUGCAAUGAACAAUAUAUUGGCGCUUCAUAAGGAAGAUUUGGAUAUUAUGGUACAGCCCUGUGUUGGCUGGGAAGAACUUGACGAUUAUCUUAGUGAGUAUGGGCUGAUGUUUGGUCCAGACCCUGGUCCAGGUGCGAUGAUUGGGGGAAUGAUUGGAACUUCUUGUUCGGGGACCAAUGCUGCCAGAUAUGGAACUAUGAAAGAGAAUGUGGUAAGUCUAACAGUUGUUCUUGCAGAUGGAACUGUUUUGAAGACGAAAAAAAGGCCGCGUAAGAGCUCUGCUGGGUAUAACCUGAAUGGGCUGUUCAUAGGAAGUGAAGGAACUUUGGGAAUUGUCACCGAGGCAACUUUGAAGCUGUAUGUUCGUCCAAAGUUUGAGCACGUUGCUGUGGUUAGUUUCCCUAAAAUUGACGAUGCUGCCAACACUGUUUCUCGUAUAGUCGCGGAAGGUAUCACCGUUAACGCAAUGGAGCUGCUUGAUGAUCGCAUGAUGCACUUCAUCAACGAGAGUGGUGGAGUUUCUCAGACUUACAAAGAAGCUCCCACGUUGUUUUUCAAGCUCGGAGGAGAGACCCAGGACUCUGUGAGAUCGCUGGUGAAGAAAGUCCAGGCAAUUGUGAAGGAGAAUAACUGUGCUUCUUUCAAGUUUGCUGAAGAUGCAGGUGAAAAGGCGGAGCUAUGGAGUGCUCGCAAAGUGGCCCUUUGGUCUACAAUGGACUACGGUCGCAAGAAAAUCAGUCAGGAUAUUCAACUCUGGACUACGGAUGUUGCCGUGCCGAUCUCGAAGUUGUGUGAGCUUCUGGUUGAGACCAAGCAGGACAUGGAAGAUUCCGGACUGGCAGCUUCUCUUGUUGGCCAUGCCGGAGAUGGAAACUUCCAUGCUUUUCUGCUAUUCAAACCAGAACAGAGGCCAAUUGCCGAGACUUUGGUAGAACGCAUGGUCCAAAGGGCCCUAAAGUAUGAUGGCACAUGCACUGGCGAGCACGGUGUUGGCUUUGGAAAGAGAAGUUUUCUUGAAGAGGAGCUCGGAUCACAGGUAGUAGAUGCUAUGCGAAAGGUCAAACUUGCGCUGGAUCCAUAUAGGCUGUUGAACCCUGAUAAGGUGUUCAGAAUUGAUCCUGCUGAGAAGAGUGAGCAUUGA